GCUCCGCCGGCCCCGCUGGCGGCGGCGAGCCCCGCCGGGCCUGCGCUCGGCGGCCGCCGUUGUGAUCGGAGCAGGUCGGGACGGCAGAGCCUGCGGGCGCUGGAAGGCCCCGGCGCUGGAAGCUGAAGUGCCGGACUCACCGCCCAUAACCGGGAUUGCUUUUAUAGAUCACUUGUCAUGGCAACAGGAGGUGGUCCCUUUGAAGAAGGCAUGAAUGAUCAGGACUUGCCCAGCUGGACCAAUGAGAGCCUUGAUGACCGGCUGAACAACACGGACUGGGGAGGUCAACAGAAGAAAGCAAACAGAUCUUCAGAGAAAAACAAGAAAAAGCUUAGUGGGGAAGGCGAAACGAGACUUACUAAUGACAUAUCUCCAGAGUCUUCACCGGGAAUGGAACGACGCAAGACCAGAACUUCUCAUAGCUUUCCUCAUGCUCGAUACAUGACUCAGAUGUCUGUUCCAGAGCAGGCUGAACUUGAAAGGCUUAAACAAAGAAUAAACUUCAGUGAUCUGGAUCAGAGAAGCAUUGGAAGUGAUUCUCAAGGCAGGGCAACGGCUGCUAAUAACAAACGUCAACUUAAUGAAAGCAAAAAACCAUUCAACUUCCUGUCACUGCAGAUUAACACUAACAAAAGCAAAGAUCCUGCCUCAGGUUCCCAAAAAAAGGAAGGUGGGGUAUCAGCGCAAUGUAAAGAGUUGUUUGGUGCUGCUCUAAGCAAGGAUUUAUUGCAAAAUUGUCAAGUGUCUGCUCAAGAAGAUGGAAGGGGAGAACAAGCGAUGGAUAGUAGCCAGAUUGUGAGCAGACUAGUUCAGAUUCGCGACUAUAUUGCUAAGGCCAGCUCCAUGCGGGAUGAUCUUGUAGAGAAAAAUGAAAGAUCGGCCAAUGUUGAGCGUUUAUCACACCUUAUAGAUGACCUUAAAGAGCAGGAGAAAUCCUAUCUGAAAUUUUUGCAAAAGAUGCUUGCUAGAGAAAAUGAGGAGGAUGAUGUUCGGACUAUAGAUUCAGCUGUGGGAUCUGGUUCUGUAGGUGAGAGCACAUCGCUAAACAUUGAUGUGCAGUCUGAGGCUUCAGAUAUCACGGAGGUAUCUUUUAGUUUGAGUUAUCGGCCCUGCAUUGAGGACAAACUAGGGAAUUCAGCUUCACAAGAACAGGUUACAGACAUUGAUGUUACACCAAGCCCUAAAGGGAAAAGUGAGAGAGCUGCUCUGAAUGACAGGGAAAUCUGGCCUUGUGGGAUUAAUAGCCAGGAUCGUGGAUUGCUUUCAAAGGCCAGAGAUCCUCAACAGGAAGCUAAGGAAGAGUUGGAGAACUUAAAGAAACAGCAUGAUUUAUUGAAAAGAAUGCUACAACAGCAGGAGGAAUUAAAGGCUCUUCAAGGAAGACAGGCAGCUCUUCUUGCUUUGCAGCAUAAAGCAGAGCAAGCCAUUGCUGUCCUGGAUGAUUCUGUUGUAACAGAAACUACAGGUAGUGUUUCAGGAGUGAGUCUUACAUCAGAACUGAACGAAGAAUUGAAUGACUUAAUUCAACGCUUUCACAACCAACUUCAUGAUUCACAGACACAGUCUGUGCCUGACAAUAGAAGGCAAGCAGAAAGCCUUUCACUUACCAGAGAGAUUUCACAAAGCAGAAACUCUUCAAUGUCUGAACACCAGUCAGAUGAGAAGGCACAGCUUUUCAACAAGAUGCGAAUGUUGCAGGGUAAAAAGCAAAAGAUGGACAAACUAUUAGGAGAACUUCAUACACUUCGUGACCAGCAUCUAAAUAACUCUUCCUUUUUUCCUGCUUCAGGUUCUCCUCAAAGGAGUGUUGAUCAAAGAAGUACAACUUCAGCUGCUUCUGGUCCUGUAGGCAUAGCAACUGUUGUCAAUGGUGAAACAAAUAGUCUGGCAUCUGCUCCCUAUCCUCCUGAUUCCCUGGUUUCUCAGAAUGAGAGUGAAGAGGAUGAAAAUCUAAAUCCAACAGAAAAGCUUCAGAAGCUAAAUGAGGUUCGUAAGAGACUGAAUGAGUUACGUGAGUUAGUUCACUACUAUGAGCAGACAUCUGAUAUGAUGACAGAUGCUGUGAAUGAAAACACUAAGGAGGAGGAAGAAACAGAAGAAUCAGAAAGUGAUUCUGAACAUGAAGAUCCACAGCCUGUUACAAAUAUUAGAAACCCUCAAGGAAUCAGUAGUUGGAGUGAAAUAAAUAGCAACUCAAAUGUACAGUGUGGAACUAAUAACAGAGAUGGAAGACAUCUUAAUACAGACUGUGAAAUAAACAACCGAUCUGCUGCUAAUAUAAGGACUCUAAAAAUGUCUUCUGCUUUAGACUGUCAUAAUAGGGAGAAUGACAAACGCCUCGAUCUACCCCAAGGUGAAGAUGAUGAAGUGGAAGAAGAUCGAGUUAGUGAAGAUUCCAUGUCUAGUCACAGAAGCAGCCUGGCUGAUGUGGCUGGAGAUGCCGAGUUUGAGCAGAAGAUCAAUAGGCUUAUAGCUGCAAAACAGAAGCUUAGACAGUUACAAAACCUUGCUGCUAUGGUGCAGGAUGAUGAUCCAGAACCUCAAGGAGCAAUUGCAAAUGCAUCUAAUAUUAGUGACUUGUUGGGUGAGGUGGAAGAGACAAAGCAACAACCAAACAAUGUCCGAGCAAGUUCCAACAAGUUAAAAAAAGAUGUGCGACUGAAUGAAAAAGCAAGAGAGAAGUUCUAUGAAGCUAAACUUCAGCAGCAGCAAAGGGAGCUUAAGCAGUUACAAGAAGAAAGAAGAAAACUGUUUGAAAUCCAGGAAAAAAUUCAAGUGUUACAGAAAGCUUGUCCUGACCUUCAAUUGUCAGCUGGCCUGGGUAACUGCCCAGCAAAUAGACAGACUUCACAAGCAACAUCAACUCCAGCCAUGAAUGAGCGUAACACAGCUGGCAAGCCUUUAUUUGUGUGUGAUGAAUCUGUACCAGUAGGCAGCGAGCAGUUAUGGUCUGAGAUGAGAAGACAUGAGAUUUUAAGAGAAGAACUGCGACAGAGAAGAAAGCAACUUGAAGCUUUAAUGGCUGAAGAUCAGAGAAGGAGAGAGCUUGCAGAAACAAUAUCUACGGUUGCUGCAUCUGUUAAAAGUGAGGGGUCAGAAGCUCAGUGUACUCCACAGCAGAGCAGGACUGAAAAGACAAUGGCUACGUGGGGAGGUUCUACCCAGUGUGCCCUAGAGGAAGAAAACGGAGAUGAAGAUGGUUAUCUCUCUGAUGGAGUUGGUCAGGCAGAAGAAGAGGAAGAAGAUGCAUCAAGUUUGAAUGACAGUUUCUCUGUUUAUCCCAAUAACAACAUACCGGAAAAUGGAUAUUUUGUUAAAGGAAACAAAGAUAGGUGGAAAAAUUGCCGUCCCCUUUCAGCAGAUGGAAAUUAUCGUCCAGUGUCUAAGACCAGGCAACAGCAAAACAUAAGUAUGCGGCGUCAGGAGAAUUUUCGGUGGAUGUCUGAGUUUCCCUAUGUGGAAGAAAAGGAACGAUGGCAAGAGCAGAUCAAUCAGUUGAAGAAACAGCAUGAGUUUAGUGUCAGCAUUUGUCAAACUUUGAUGCAGGAUCAGCAGACUCUCUCUUGCCUUCUACAGACCUUGCUCACAGGUCCCUACAACAUGAUGCCAAAUAAUCUUGCAUCUUCACAAAUAAAUCUUAUUAUGCAUCAAUUAAACCAGUGUUACACUCAACUGAAUUGGCAGCAGAAUAAUGUCCAAAGGUUGAAACAAAUGUUAAGUGAUCUUAUGCAGCAGCAAGAACAGUGUCAAGAGAAACCAUCAAGAAAGGAGAGAGGUAGUAGUGCACCUCCACCUCCAUCUCCUGUUUUCUGUCCAUUCAACUACCCUCCACAACCUGUGAACCUCUUUAGUAUUCCAGGAUUUACUAAUUUUUCUUCCUUUGCUCCAGGUAUUAACUGUAAUCCAGUGUUCCCAUGUGGUUUUGGAGAUUUUGCACAUAAUGUUUCUCCACGCAGCAGUGAGCAGCAGGGGCAACAACAUCCUCUAGAUCCUAAUACUUCCGGGAAAACUGAGUACAUGGCAUUCCCCAAACCCUUUGAAAGCAGUUCCUCUAAUGGAGGAGAAAAACAAAGGAGGAAUCAUAGACAGCCUGAAGAGGAAAUGGAGAAAAGAUCAACUUGGCUUGAUGAUAGCCAAGAAAUGAAGAAAGAUGAUCAGUCUCAGCUGAAUGCAGGUUUUGCAGUUUCAGUACAAAACAUUGCUUCUGGUCAUAAAAGUCAGUGUGAUAUGAACCGGAAAAGAGAGUUUGAUGAAGAGUCUUUGGAGAGUUUCAGUAGCAUGCCUGAUCCAAUAGACCCAACUACUGUGACAAAGACAUUUAGAUCUAGAAAAGCAUCAGCACAAGCAAGCCUGGCAUCAAAAGAUAAAACGCCCAAAUCCAAGAAUAAGAGGAAGAAUUCUUCUCAGCUAAAAGGCAGAAUUAAAAAUACUGGUUAUGAAAGUGCAAGUGCUUCUAGUGUGUGUGAACCCUGCAAGAACACUAAAAGCAGACACUCUGAUGAUGUCGUUCAUGCAAAGGUGUUCAGCAAAAGGAAUCAGGAACAAUUGGAAAAAAUAAUAAAAUACAGUAGAUCUACAGAAAUGUCUUCAGCGCAUGCUAGGAGAAUUCUGCAGCAGUCUAACAGAAAUGCAUGCAUUGAAGUGCCAGAAACUGGUAGUGAUCUUUCUAUGUUUGAGGCUUUGCGAGACACAAUUUAUUCUGAAGUGGCAACUCUUAUUUCUCAAAAUGAGUCUCGUCCCCACUUUCUUAUUGAACUUUUCCACGAGCUUCAGCUGCUAAAUACAGAUUAUCUGAGGCAAAGGGCUCUAUAUGCUUUACAGGAUAUAGUGACCAGACAUUUAUGUGAGAAAAAUGAAAAAGGAAAGUGUGCAAAAUCACUGAAUUCUGCAACAUGGGUGGCAUCAAAUUCUGAACUCACUCCUAGUGAAAGUCUUGCCUCUACAGAUGAUGAAACUUUUGGCAAGAACUUUUCUACAGAAGCAUGUCAAAAUUGUGAACAACCUGAUGCAGACAAUGGCAGUACUAUGUCUACUUCUUCAAAUUUUGAACCGUUUGCCACUGAUGACCUGGGCAACACAGUGAUUCACUUAGAUAAAGCUUUGUCUUGGAUGAGGGAAUAUGAGCGUAUGAAAGUUGAAGCUGAAAGUACCCUUGACUCUGAGGGCUGCUCUAGUAAUUUUCAGGGUGCUUCUACUGCUAAAUUAGAAGGUCCAGGUACUGGUGAAUGUCAGUCUGUGCCACAGUCAGGUGAUGUUUCUUCAGUUCCGUGUCCUCGUAUAGAUACUCAGCAGCUUGACCGACAGAUUAAAGCAAUUAUGAAAGAGGUCAUUCCUUUUCUCAAGGAACACAUGGAUGAAGUGUGCUCUUCUCAAUUACUGAUAUCAGUAAGACGUAUGGUCUUGACUCUUACGCAGCAAAAUGAUGAAAGUAAAGAAUUUGUGAAGUUCUUUCAUAAGCAGCUUGGCAGUAUACUUCAGGAUUCACUGGCGAAAUUUGCUGGUAGAAAAUUAAAAGAUUGUGGGGAGGAUCUUCUUGUGGAGAUCUCUGAAGUGUUAUUCAAUGAAUUAGCCUUUUUUAAACUCAUGCAAGACUUGGACAACAACAGUAUUUCUGUAAAGCAGAGAUGUAAACGAAAAAUAGAAACCACUGAAGUAAUGCAGUCUUAUGCUAAAGAGGCAAAAAAAGGUCUCCAGGUGGAUGUUUGUUCUUCUGUUGAAGAUGUCGAUGAGGACAAAGACAAGGAUGAGACUGAAACUGCUAAACAAGUACCGGACUCAGAAGUGUGUGCUGGUAACGGAGUGCCUGAAAGUAUUAGAUCUGAUGCAUCUGAUCAAGAGGAAGAUGAGGAAAGUGAAAGUGGUCCAGUGGCAAUAAGUUUAUCAAAAGCAGAAACUCAAGCUCUGACUAACUAUGGCAGCGGAGAAGAUGAGAAUGAAGAUGAAGAAAUAGAAUUUGAGGAAGGACCUGUUGAUGUGCAAACAUCAUUACAAGCCAGCAGUGAAACAACUGAAAAUGAACAGACUUCAAACCAAGAAUUGAGUAAGGCAAAAAGCAGUGAGAUUUUGUCAUCAGAACAAGAGCCUGUUAAUGUUAAAGGUGAACAAGAUGUGGCUGCAGCUGUGCACGAUUACCUCAGUGUCAUGGAGAAUACACCAGAUUUAACAGUGAAUUCCCCAGAAUCCUUUAUAACAGCCACUGUGAAAACUGAAGGAUCAAGCUCAUCUUUGGCAGUGAAUGAAACUCAAACACCAGAUACCACAUGUGCAGAAAACAAAUCUGCUGCAAGUUCUGAAAGCUCCAUGGCUGGAAGCCCUGAUACAGAGUCACCUGUGCUAGUGAAUGAAUAUGAACCUGGUUCUGGAAAUGUAAGUCAAAAAUCUGAUGAAGAUGACUUUGUGAAAGUUGAAGACUUGCCCCUCAAACUUGCUGUGUAUUCAGAGGCAGAUAUAAUGAAGAAAAUGGAAACAGAGGCCCAAACCAAGAGUUUGUCUGAUGAAUUACUGGAUGGAGAUGGAGCUCAAGAUCAAGAAUUAGUAGGAGAUGCCCAAACAUUGAAAGAACCUGAAAUUUUUGGAGCUCAAAAUGCAUAAGAGUUACCCGAAGAUGUCUGCAUUUAUAAAUGCUAUGUCUACAAAUGCAUAUGGAAGAUCAGCACUAAUUUCCCAGAAUUCUGGAAGUGUAAAAAAAUGUAAAAUUUUUAACACACUGCCUCUUAGGAUAGGUAUGUGAUCUUCUGCCUAUGGCAGUUUAAACAGCUGGAACUGAAUCCACUUCUAUUCAAUUUUGCUGCACAGUUCUUUUUCUGUCUUAAUUUUUUAUUUUUUAUUGUGACUUGUUUGGUAAUUUUAAAACUGUUUGAAAUGGUAGUUUUAAAUAAAGUUUGGACUUGUCUGUAAGUUUUCUCUUUUGAAAAAUUUUCUUUGGCUUAUAAACUGUUAUGCCAGAGUUUGUUGCCAGAAGUUAAUUGACUUGUUGACAUGCUUUUAGCAGCUUGUUCUUCUCUUAUGAGAAACACUGCUAAUUUUCCUGGGACAAGAAAUUCCCCACAUUUCUUGUAUUUUGAGAAGAUGCAAGAUAUAGACACAGUACAUACUUGCGUGUUGUCUUUAUAGCCUAGAGCAUAGCUUGUCUGUAACAAAAAAGUUCCUGUUCAUGGCCUGUGGAGUUCCUUUCUAUCAGCACAUUUAUCUGAGGUGAAGUUGAAUACCCCUGGUUUAUAGUUAACUGCAGAAACCAGCUGUAUUUUUCUGCAUUUGCUGAAACCUUUUGAUGUUCACAGGAGUAAACCUGUCUGAAAAUGUUAAUAUCCUUUCAUAGCUGACACUUUAUAUUGCUGCAAUUGAAGGUCUGGAGAAUCUGUUCUAAAGUGUUUGACUUUAAUUGUAGUUUCCUAAAUUUCAUUACAAAGUUAAUGUUUUUAAAAAACAAUUGACGUCAGCACCUCCUGGAGUCUCAUGAUAAAGGAAGAAUUAGAAUUACAGAAAAGUAGAUUGGAAAACUUUGUUCAGUUUUUCCGAUCAGAGUUGCUAAAACACUGAGUUAUAAAACUGAGCUAGAAGAAGCUUAUGCAGCAGACGUGCUGCAUUAUGAAGAUCCUUUUUACCUUAAACAUAAGGCUUUUCUGAAAGUAGUUAAGAGCACUGGUUAUCUUUGAUUCAGGAUUGUGUUGCUUUGGAGGUUAGUAUGAUAAUACAGCUAUAUACUGUGGGAGACAGUAUAGUGAUGGUGAAGCCUAAAUAUGCUUGAAGUUUAAAUAAAAUGAGAUU